GGCAACCGCGCCAGGUCCACGCGCAGACGGCGGGUGGCAAGGGUCAAAACAGAUUCGCAAAGCAGAAGCCUUGGACCUAUUCAGUGCGCGCCUUCGAUGAGCCAAGCCUUUAAGUGUCACGUGACUCGCCUCCGGCUUGUCCCCUCCUCCUUCCCCUCCCCAGGCCCCGGCGAGCGCUGGUGUGGACCGGAGGCUCCCGGCUUGACGGACUAACUGGAGCACGGACGCUGCAGCCGCUUAGGCCGGUGCCCUUUCCCGCUCUGGAAAGGAAGAGAAAUGGAAGUGAAAAAGUUGAGCCUUUCCUGGCAGUUCUUGAUAGUUCUGGUUCUGAUCCUGCAAAUUCUCUCUGCGUUGGAUUUUGACCCAUACAGAGUCCUAGGGGUCAGCCGAACAGCCAGUCAGGCUGAUAUUAAAAAGGCUUAUAAGAAGCUCGCCCGGGAAUGGCAUCCUGACAAAAACAAAGAUCCUGGAGCAGAAGACAAGUUCAUUCAAAUUAGCAAGGCUUACGAGAUUCUUUCCAAUGAAGAAAAGAGAUCAAAUUAUGAUCACUAUGGAGAUGCCGGAGAGAGCCAGGGCUACCAGAAGCAGCAACAGCAGCGAGAGUAUCACUUCCGCCAUUUCCAUGAAAAUUUUUAUUUUGAUGAGUCUUUUUUUCACUUCCCUUUUAAUUCUGAGCGGCGGGACUCAAUCGAUGAAAAGUAUUUGUUGCACUUUUCACAUUAUGUGAAUGAAGUGGUUCCAGAUAGCUUCAAGAAACCCUACCUCAUUAAGAUCACCUCAGAUUGGUGCUUUAGCUGUAUUCAUAUCGAGCCUGUUUGGAAAGAAGUCGUUCAAGAACUGGAAGGAUUGGGUGUAGGAAUCGGCGUGGUCCAUGCUGGGUACGAGAGACGCCUGGCCCAUCACCUGGGAGCACACAGCACACCCUCUAUCCUGGGAAUCAUAAAUGGGAAAAUCUCCUUCUUCCAUAAUGCAGUUGUCCGUGAGAACCUACGACAGUUUGUAGAGAGUCUUCUUCCAGGGAACUUGGUGGAAAAAGUUACAAAUAAAAAUUAUGUCCGAUUCCUCUCUGGCUGGCAGCAAGAGAAUAAACCGCAUGUCCUUCUGUUUGACCAAAUGCCCGUUGUACCACUGCUCUACAAGUUGACUGCUUUUGCAUACAAAGAUUAUCUGUCGUUUGGAUAUGUGUAUGUCGGUUUGAGAGGGGCGGAAGAGAUGACGAGGCAGUACAACGUCAAUGUCUAUGCCCCCACCAUCCUGGUCUUUAAAGAACACACACACAAGCCUGCAGAUGUUAUCCAGGCCCGAGGUAUGAAGAAACAGGUCAUUGACGACUUCAUCAACCAAAACAAGUAUCUGUUGGCAACCAGGCUCACCAGCCAGAAGUUGUUCCAUGAACUCUGCCCCGUGAAACGGUCUCACCGACAGAGGAAGUACUGUGUGGUUUUACUGACUGCCGAGGCUACCAAGUUGAGUAAACCCUUUGAGGCCUUCCUGUCCUUUGCCCUGGCAAAACAGGACACGGUGAGAUUCGUGCACGUCUACAGCAAUCGGCAGCAGGAGUUUGCCAACACCCUCCUACCAGACAGUGAUACGUUUCAAGGGAAAUCAGCGGUGUCUAUCUUAGAAAGGCGCAACACGGCAGGAAGGGUGGUCUAUAAAACCCUGGAGGAUCCCUGGACAGGGAGUGAGAGCGAUAAAUUCAUCCUUUUGGGUUAUCUCGACCAGCUGCGGAAAGACCCGGCUCUACUGUCCUCGGAAGCUGUGCUGCCUGACUUGACCGAUGAACUUGCCCCUAUUUUUCUCCUCCGGUGGCUCUACUCUGCUUCUGACUACAUCUCGGACUGCUGGGACAGCGUCUUUCACAACAACUGGCGGGAAAUGAUGCCCCUUCUGUCCCUGGUCUUCUCUGCCCUCUUCAUCCUCUUCGGCACCGUCAUCGUUCAGGCUUUCAGUGACUCAAACGAUGAGCGAGAGUCAAACCCUCCAGAUAAAGAGGAAGCCCAUGAGAAGGCCGGGAAGACGGAGCCAAACUUCACCAAAGAAAACAGCAGCAAGAUUCCUAAAAAAGGCUUUGUGGAGGUAACCGAACUCACAGAUGUAACAUACACCAGUAACUUGGUACGCCUGAGGCCAGGCCACAUGAACGUGGUCCUCAUCCUGUCAAAUUCCACCAAGACCAGCCUACUGCAGAAAUUCGCUUUGGAAGUCUACACGUUCACUGGGAGCAGCUGCCUACACUUCUCCUUCCUGAGUCUAGAUAAACACAGAGAAUGGCUAGAAUACUUAUUAGAAUUUGCUCAAGAUGCAGCCCCAAUUCCAAACCAGUAUGAUAAACAUUUCAUGGAACGUGACUACACUGGUUAUGUACUGGCUCUGAAUGGCCACAAGAAAUACUUCUGCCUCUUCAAGCCCCAAAAAACAGUCGAAGAGGAGGAAGCCAUGGGGUCAUGCAGUGAUCUUGACUCUUCCCUCCAUCUGGGUGAAUCUCGAGGGAAAUCUUCCUGUGCCCUUGGAUCCAAGCCCAUCAAAGGAAAAUUGAGCAAGUUGUCCUUAUGGAUGGAACGCCUGUUAGAAGGCUCCUUACAGAGGUUUUAUAUCCCAUCAUGGCCUGAACUAGACUGAGAAGAUUUCAAAAAGAGACUUGAACUCUUCAGACUUUUUAACAGGCCCCUGUGAACAGGUAUUUUUAGGACUCAAACUAUCACAAUGGACAGAGUAUAGAUUUUAGAUUAUUCUUCUAGAACAAUGGCUAGAAGAAUCUUUCCUUUUUUCUGUUCUAACCUAGGAGUGACAAGCACCACAAGUUGAAUUCCCUAGAUCCAAAUAUUUUCCUUUGGGUUUUUUUCCUCAUUUGAAUGCCGCACUAUUUAAAACAGACUGCUCAUUCCCUCUUCCUUUGUUGUCCCUGUCACAUGCUCACAGCACCCUCCCCUGUCCAGUCUCUGUGCUGUGGGAGAAGCACAGGGCUCAACCCCGCAGCAGUACCCGGAUGGAACCUCAGGAGCCUGGUGUGCUGGUCGGGUCUUUUACCCCUCUCCUCCCACCCUCCCCUCCUGGCCCCCGCUGUGCUUCUGCCACGGUGCAUGCUGUAACAGUGGAACAACCCACAGCAGCUUCUAGGCCCUGCGUCUUGAAAGAGGCCUGGUUCCAAGCAGUCUUACAUUUUGUGGUUUUUCUGGUAGUAAGUGGCCAAAAGUAUAUUUUGGGGGUAUCCCCCUACAGCAGUUUGUCAGCCACGGUCUUAAAAGGAUAACGAUGAGUGGGGGUUUUGCAUGUGAGUUUGGUUUUCUUCCCAAGACAAGAGAAGGGAGAGCUGGGCAGUGAUUGAAGUGACCCUUUGUGAGUGCCCUGUCAGCUGCCUCCACAGCGCUAAACAUAGCCGGGGAGGGAGCCACACAGCAAGAAGUACUGUAAUGACUUUGAGCCAUUUACGUGUAUGUUCUCAGCUGCCUUUCUGCCUCUGUCGAUUUUAGGGUAUGGAUAUUAGGAGCCAUAACUUGUAGUCUUGUUCUCUGAACGUAGAGAUAAGCUGCUAUAAGCCAGUAGAUGUUAAACAGAAGACACGUUAUUCACCUGCAAUGAGUCAGGCUCGAGGAACCUCUUCACUCCAGUGGUGUCUCUUUAGCAAAAUGCUAGACAUGUCUUUGUAUCAAGGAACCUAAAAUUUCUCGACAGUUGUAUUUUGAACACUGUUACCCCAAAAGUGCUGUAUCUUCAAGUCCUCUUUUGUGACAAGUGAACCAAGACUUGUUCUAGAUAGACUCCUGUUUUGCAAAAGGCUUACUUUGAGCUUCUGGCCUAUAUUUUGAUGACUCACCUUAAUUGUUUUCACUCUUAACUAACAACUGCUUCACCAGUAACAGGGUCAGACCUAUCAUCAGCAACCCAGCUUGCUGAGCUCCAAGGUAUGAUGGACUCCAGGCUGGACUGUACCAGCCAGUUCGAGAGCUUACCUUUCCUUUUUAAGGCAAAGCCACCAGUGGAGUUUGGACAGCCUGAAAGAGUGGUCUGUUCAAAUGUCAAAGCAAAUCCCUUUUGUAAAGUGAGGGGUCAAAAUCAGUGAUGGGACAAAAUAAGUUGGUAUUUUCAUUAAUCAUAAUUGCUUUAAAUGAAGCCAUUUGGUCCUGAAUAAUUUAAAUAUUGAGCUACCGUAGCAAGUAAUAAAUUAAUUGAGUCCAGGAAUUCCUAUAGUUUUAAUGGAAUCUGUAGCUUUAUUUAAAAAAAAAUAAAUCACUGCUGGGCUUCAUUUUUCCGCAUGAUCCUCUAAAAAUGGAUGCUUACUCUGAUUGCCCUAUCUCAUGGCACCUGGCCCAGGCAGGAAUGACCAAGGAAUUCAUUUGACUCCUUGAUGCACCAGUCCUCAGACUUAUUUUCUGGGUCUUUUAUGGCCAGGUUGCUUAUAUGAGUAGUGUUUUGGUUCAGUGGUAGGUUUUUAUUUUUAAAUUCUGGUACUAAUGGGAUUCCUGACCUUAAUUUCUGAAAACCAAAAACUCCCCAGAGUUGUUCAUUUUUUAAAUUUUUAUCAUUAAAAUAAAAAGCACUUUCAGACAGCUGCACCUUCCAUUUGUACUAAGAAAGGAAAGUGAUAAAAGGAUUGAAAACAUUCCUGGCAAAUAUUUCAGUCCAAAAAUUCUACAGAUCUGUUUGGGGGCUGGUAGAUAUGUCCCCCAGAGGACGCUAGGGAGCUUUUAUUUUAAAUUGAAUUUUACCCUUGACCACCCAAGCCUUUCCUCCUGAAUGUUUUUUCCCAUGAAUUUGUUUACUUUUGUGUCAAAUGGAUGAGCCAUUGUCAUGCUCAGCCAGUGCCACUAUUUCCCUUUCGCAUUUCUCUUUAUGAUGUAGGUAAUCACACAGACCCAAUUUUGGUUUUAAGUUACCUUCCUAGCCUUCAAAUAUCUUUAAACUGACAACACUGAUGUUUUUAAAGGUAGGUUUUUCUGGUUGAUACAGACUAUGCAUCAUGUUUAGCAGAUGGGAUGAAAACUGGCCUAAGACAAGUCUUUGUAGAAAACAUGCCCAUUGAAAAAAUACUUUUUUAUUGCCCAGACGUCCGUGGUACAAUUGGUCUAACAUAGAGCUCGUCAGCUCCUCAUAAGCCAUUUCAGUGAGCAAGACUGCCCUGACUUCCAGUAGGCCCCUGGGCUGCUGCCAUCACUGACUGACCAUGAAAAUUUGAUUGUAGUUUUCAAAUAAUAGGUUGAUUUCCUCCUCAUUCAGUACAUAAAUGUUUUCCUGAUAUAAAAAGAAAUGGGAUCUGAUUGUGUUUUGAGUGAUUUGCUUUGUUUGGGAAAAGGAUUAGAAGCGAAUACUCAGACCUUGUUUUUAAGUAAAAUUCUUUCAAAGCUGAUGCGAAACAUCUUCACAGAUGAAAUGUUGCUCACGUCCAAAUACCUGACGUUGUCCUUGAAAACACACACAGCGAGGCAGCUGCUGAAUCUGUCUGCUCAGUCUGUCAAGGAGGAUAAUUAUGCUUUUAAGACAGAUCUGAAAAGAAGGUGAAUAUUUUGCACUUUUGAUACUCUUAGGAACAAAUAACUUAUUUGGCAAAUGGUGUCUUUUUUAUGUUGUUUUUGUUUUGUAUCGUGAACAGGCACUGAAGCUGAUGUUAUUUUUGUUUUAAGAAUAUUACAGACUGGAAACAGAAAUAAACUAAACUAUUUUAAUGUGUGAUGAUUAUGGGUAGCUCUUGCAUUAUGAGAUGAUGAUUUGAUCAUGGACACAUCAACAAAAUUUAAUUUGCAUGUAACUCAACACAUGCUCACGAUCACGCCUUAACUGCAGAUUUCGGGAAUUGUCCUAGAGGCUGCGUCGGCUUGAAGAGGAGAGAAUGUGGACCUGAGGCUGGCGGGGAGCGGGUUAAGGAAGUGUCAUUGGCUCUUUGGAGGCCAGCUGAUAGCGUCUGGUUUAGAAGACACUUCCUGGGCUUUUGAGUGGGAAGUUUAUUUAUUAGGAUCUGUGUGUUAUUUUCUUUCAAACUUUUUGUUUAUGUUUGUGAACGUAAACUCAAGAUGCAGCCCUGAGCUCCUCAGAAGAGUAGUUACAUUUUAAAGGAAGAUACUAGACAAAUACGGAAUGUUUAUACAGUAUUAUUUCAUAGGGUUUUUUUUUUUAUUUCAUUCCACUCAUUUUUAGAUAAUCUUGAACUAAAUUCUCCAUCCUUUAUUUUUUCCCCUUUAUCCUUUGCCGUCUUUCAUUAAAGGAAAAAAUCAAAGCAGCACAAGUACCACUUGUUUUUGUUUUUCUAAGUUAAUUCACACUCACUUAGAAAAGAGCUGUUUGGAUUCGAGUUCUACCGAAUGCCCUGAUUUUAC